AUGCCGACGCCGACAUCUGCCUCGCCUGACCUAGGCGACUCGCGGUCUCUAUCACCGGCUGUACUCGGGAAUGAUUUCCAUGAUCUUGAAAAUGGGGAACGAACGCCGUUACUGCUGGCAGCUAACGAUCGGAGAUCGCCAUCGCCUAUACUUUUGAACUUGCCUCCGUCAGCACCAUCGGCCCUAUGGAAAGAGAAGAUUUGGGGCACCGCCACGGAUUUCUGGCUCCAGGCCAAGGGGAUGAUUCUCGUUAUGCUGUCCCAGUUCUUUGGAGCAUCUAUGAAUGUUAUGACCCAGGUGCUAGAGUUAAAGGGAAGGAACGGAGAAGGUUUUCAGCCCUUUCAAAUUCUAUUCGCCCGUAUGUCAAUCACCGUCGUCGCCAGCUACCUCUACAUGUGGUAUGCUAAAGUACCACAACCAUUCGGAAACCGCUCCGUCCUCCCUCUCCUCAUUUUCCGCGCAGCUGGUGGUUUCUGGGGCGUGUACGGACUCUAUUACUCUGUCCAAUAUUUGCCUCUCUCUGAGGCGACGGUUUUGACUUUCCUCGCGCCGAUUCUGAGCUGCUACGCUUGUUCGAUCUUCCUACCCGGCGAGGUCUUCACUCGUAAGCAACAGUUUGCUGGAUUCGUCUCGUUGGUAGGUGUCAUCUUGAUCGCACGGCCCUUCGCCUUUUUGCGAUCUGAUUCUGGGGAUGAAACGGAUUCGAUUGAGGCAGAGAGAGAAAACCCCGGGGAUGCAGACCAAAACCACCGCGUGAUGGCCAUUAUCAUGGCAAUGAUCGGGGUCCUCGGGGCGUCCUCCGCAUAUACAUCGAUCCGAAUGAUCGGACAGCGCUGCCAUCCACUAGUUUCAGUUACAUACUUCUCCUUGUUCACCACUAUGGUUUCUGUCGUUGCAAUCAUAGUUAUCCCUACUAUAUCAUUAGAGUUGCCAGGGACACUGUUGGAGUGGACUCUGCUCACUGCACUCGGUGUCUGUGGGUUCCUGCUACAAUUUCUGUUAACUGCUGGGUUGGCAUAUGUGCCACCACCACCCCGAGAUCGGAAAAAGCCCUCGAGCCACCAAUUAUUCAGGACGCCGAGUCAGCAUUCCAACCAGGAAGAACACGCUUCAAAGCCAGAGGCGGACACCGGUGCCCGCUCUUCAUCCGGAACAAAGGCAACUGCCAUGCUUUACACACAGAUGCUCUUUGCCCUGUUUUAUGAUCACGCUGUCUGGGACAGUACGUUAUCAGCAGUCAGUUGGAUCGGAUCCGCGUUGAUCCUCUGCAGUGCGCUCUAUGUGGCACUGGCGCGCGAAUCUACGCCGGCGCAAACCGAUGCAGUGGACGGUGAGGAGAAUGCUGGGGGUGAUUCACGCUGA